CAUACCCACCCCUCGGCCCUGCCAAGCACAGGGGCCAUGGCAGCCGGUGGCCUUGAGUCCGAUUCGAGUUCGGAAGAUUUGGACGCCCGAUGUGAAGUCACCCUGCGCAUCUUGGCCACUCCACCGUGUCAUCGCACCUUCGCCCUGCCGUCCAACUGCACCGUGGCGGACUUGGAGUUGGACGACGCAGGGCCGGUAUGGUCGACACGGAGGGGACGCCUUCAACGGGAGGAUGCCUUGCAGAACGGUGAGGUGCUGAUCCUUCCCAGCAAGGAGGAUGCUCUGAUGCUCUCCAUGCUCCCAGACAGGAUCCAAGUUGAAUUGAAUCCAGAAACCCUGGUGGAUGUGGCGUUGGAUCUGGGUGUGCCACCGGUGCUUCAUGAAAGGAAGGCUGGGGCCCGUGAGGUCAGCAGAAGGGAAUUGAGAGCCGAUGAGCUCACGCAGGAAGAGCUAGAUGCCCUCAACCAGCACCAGCUGCUGGGUGGCCGCUGGACCUCCGACAAUCGCUCGGGUGUGGCGGGCACCUUGCACCGCGUCUCGCGCAACGUGGACCCCACCGAUGGCUCCGUGGUUGGCAUCACCAUCCGCAUGGCACAUGCGCAGUAUGGGAUGUUGGACCAGGUCGACGCGUUAAAGAGGUCCUUGCAGAACAGGAAGUCGCUGCUUGUCCUUGGCCCACCGGGCAGUGGCAAGACCACGAUGCUACGCGAAGUGGCGCGUCUGCACGACGAGGAGUUUCAGCAUCGCGUGGUCAUCGUGGACACCUCCAGUGAGAUCGCUGGGUUCGGCAAAGUGCGUCACAAAGCCGUGGGACGCACGACGCGGAGGCGCAAAGUCGCUGACAGAGAUAAGCAGUACAAGGAUAUGCUGGAAGCAGUGCAAAACGACACACCCCAAGUGCUGGUCAUCGACGAAAUCGGCUCUGCCUCCGAAGUCGAGGCCGCGUGUUCCAUCGGCUUCCGCGGCAUCGUCCUGGUGGCCACGGCCCACGCGUGCAGCUUGCAGGAAGCGAUGAACAAUCCCACCUUGCAAGCACUGUUCGGCAGCUUCGAGAAGAGCACCAUCGGCGACGAGAUGGCACGGCGCACCCCGGGGGGGCGAAAGUUUGUGGAGGAACGGCGCAACGAACCCGUUUUUCAGAGUCUGGUGGAACUGGGGCAGGAUGCGGGGGAUCAAUGGACCAUCUAUACCGAUUUGAAAGCCGCUGUGGAUGACAUUUUGAGCAAAAAGUCCCCUAAGCCGAUGUUUCACCAACCAAGUGUGUGCUUCGAAUCUGACAUCUCCGCUCACUUUCUGGGUGCCGGCACUGAGGGAGGAUACAACCAGGAGUCCUUUGGGCAGCGGGUCCGUCCAACAAACGGUCUACAGAUGACAUCAUCAGGUGGUUAUGGGCCCGGUGUCUACCUCCUAUGCUUCGACGGUGGCGCGGAUCGAGCUGGCGAGGACGGCGCCUGCCGCGGCGGCGCUGGCGCCGUGCUGAAGCAGCUCAAGGCGACCUCCAAGGAUCGCGAUGCCAGGAGGAACCGAAAGGCCUGGAGGCUGUACUCUCCCCAUUCCAGUGCAGAGCAGAUGGAGUACGCGGCCCUUUUGAUCGGCGUGCGCGGUGUUUUCGAUGCGCUGGGCGACCUGAAUCCGCCAGCACAGAAGAUUUUCAUCGAGGGAGACUGUCGAUUCGUCACCGACCGGCACGGCGGCUCUCAACCAGCGCAGGUGUUGCGACACGAACAUGCCGACGUGCAUGACAAGCUGCAGCGCUUGGCAGACUUGGUAAACAAGGCUUUGGAGCAACUCCGUUCGAAGGUCGACGUCCCGGAGAUCCAGUGGCGACGCCGGGGUCGUAACAAGACGGCGGAUCGCUUGUCACACGAAGCGAGGCAGCAGAAGUCGACGGACCCUGCAGUCAGAUUUGCUUCAGCGGAACGGCGGUUGCUGAACGGCUAUGAGACAGAGAUGGCGCAGACAGUGUGGAACAUUGUGGAAGCGCAUCCGCUCAUCAAUGUGUCAGCAGAUUUUGUGGUGAAGCAUCCGCAACAAGAUCGCUGCUCUGGGUUUAUGGGCCUGAAGUUGGCGCCUCAAUCUGCUGAUGGCUCCUUCAGUCUUGUGGUGCGAAUGGAAGGAACUUGGAACACAGAAGAUUCGUUUUUGCUGGGUUUGAUGGCACCUGAUUCCCACUGCCUCAAUGAGAGUCACGGCUUCGAUGCGUGUGAUGUGGGUUAUUGGUUCAGCCCAAAGUCCGGUAGAGUCUUUGGACCCCGGCAAACAAACUUCAUUCUGCCAUCCCUACGAAAUGAUGAGACAAGACGGCGUUUGCAAGAGCCGUACAACCUGCACGACCCCGAUGAGGGGUUUCGACCUGUAGGAUUCAGAACUGGAGCAUGUUGGGGCAUCACCUACCAGCAGGGCAACCUUGCUAUUUACCAUUCAGUCGACGAUCUUCCUCUGGAGUUGCUGGAAGUUGUGACCUGGCCAACUGAUGGUUUUCUUCCGCAGGAGCGAUACUCAGCAGUUCUUCUCUUCAAGCCGCGCAUGGGCUCCAGAAUAUUGUUCUGCCCAUCCCCGCCCAAGGCAGCGAGAUGUGCACCAGAAUUAUCAUCCUAUGGCAAGAGCAGGGGCAAGGGGAGCAGCCCUGGAACACCGCGUUACACUGGCCGGUCCAACCCCAGCCUUCGUCUUCUGGGGAGUUUGGGCAACACUAGUUUGAGCAGCCAGGGCAUGGUGGAUCGGCAUGCCCAAGUGAAGGCCUUUUUGUUGAAUCUCGCGCAAGAGUUUGCAAAAGAAAUCAAACUGCCACUGGAGAACGCAACAAUUCUACAAGCGAAAUUGCUCCUGCACGCGGCUGUUGUGGGCAAAAAGCCUCUGAAACUCUGCCAGGUGGUUGGCGAGAUGCCGUGGAUCAAUAAAUACAUGAUGAAGCGCGGUCGCUUCACAAGUGAAGCCAUGGAUGCGAUUUUUUCAGCAAUUGGACAACAGUUACCUCCAAGCAUCGGUUCGCAGACAGGGACACACUGUGAUAAAAUAAAGAUGAGCAGUGGCGUUCGAAGAAUCCAAGGAUCUUCGGUUUUUCGCCACCCACAACCUGCAAGAACCUUUGAAUACAUCGCAUUUGAGCCUGGAAAGAGUACCGUGGCUGUCAGACUUGGAGGGAAGUGGGCAAAACAAGACAGGGUUUUGAUUGGCUUUGUGGAUCAAGAGACAGAUUUGGACAAUACCAGAGAACUUCACCCGGCGGAUCUGGGCUACUUUUUUUCCCCCCGUAGCCGUUCCAUUGUCGGCUGCGAUGGGACGAACUUUACCUGGCACUACGGGACACUGGUACAAGGAUGGGCUCAACAGCUACAGGAACAAGGUUGUGAUUAUGCAAUGGAAAAGUUGACCAACCGCACGGAUUUUGACUACGAGCACGGAGGCAGCUUUUUGGAUGUGUUUGACGGAUCGUUGGCGAUGUGCGUGAAGCUCACCAAGGACUUGGAAUUUGACGUCUUUGUGCGUUGCCAGCAUGAUGGCUAUCAUUGGAUCAAAGUUGGCCGUGUUUCGUGGAGAUCAGGGCCAAACUUGCCACAGGGAAAGGUCUGGUGCCCAGUGAUCAUUUUCAUGCCAAGGAAACGCAUGGGGCAACCACGCUGUGCUGUCACUGUCACUGCGAGAGAUCGGCGCUCACCGCGAAAUGGGCCCCCGAGGACUCUAGGCCGGCCAACACUGAAAUUGACGGAUCGCUUUGCUGACACUCCGCGCCUUCAGGUGUUGGACCCAACGUCGGACCGGUUCUGCGAUAUGCCAGCAUUUGAUUCAGGAGGUGGAAUGCUUGUAUGGGAAAAACUUCCCCCAGAACUUUGCAGGCUCCUGGGCAUAGAGUGGAAGCAGUUUCAGGUUCAAAGCAUCGGCAAGGUUGUGCUGGUUGAGCACAAGACUGACUUCCAGGGAGCCCUCGAGACCCACCAGCUCUGGAAUAGACAUGUAACUGUCUCCGCCAUCAAGUUGGAAGACGAGCUGAGUAAACGGACCAAGCGCCUGCAGCAUCCUUGCGCAGCCUGUAACCACCAGGUCAUGGCUAAUGGCCCAAUUGACCAUUUAACGUCCAAGGCGCAUUGGAUUGAGUUGUGGAAAAAGAUAGCGGGCAAGACGCCGCAGAACAUGCCUUCGCCGGAAAUGGGGGCCCAGAUGGAUCUCAAGCUGCCGUGGGUCCAAAGUUGGGAGAUCCCAGGAGGCGUUUUGAUUUUCAACCAUCUGACAGCAGCAUUGAAACUGGAACUCAGCAACGCGCCAUCUGCUGCCAAGUUAGCGCCACUUUUGGUUCAGAGACGAAGCAUGGGCCUUUAGCAGCCGCCCCGCCCCAUGGCGAGGAAAGGCACCAUGGCAACGAAAUGAAGGGAACUCCCGUGCCUACGUGACAGAGCCGGAGACGCCCAAGGAAAUCUUGGAUAGCUUGCCUGAAGGCUACCCUGACACCAUAGAUGAUUGGUCAAAAAUCCAGAAGAAAGUGUGGCCAAAUGCUAUUCCGGUACCAAGGGGUUGGAUCCGGGUCUGGUCCAAACGCCGUGACUGUGAGUACUACUUGCGCUUGGAAGACAAUUUCGCAACCUUUGAGUACGGAGAGGUCACAUGAAUAGUGCCAAGUGGUGUCUUCGAUCUGAAUGCUCAUCUUAGUCUUGUCCUGUGCAGAUGAAGCCUUUGCUUUAGGUCCUUGGGAGCC